UUUGCCUAGAGUAAUUCUUAUUUGUGAGACUAUUACACACCACCACACCAUUCUUAUGUUAAUUGUAUUGUGUAAGUUAACCACACAAUACACUCAGCUUGUUCCGCGUGAUAACGGACUGAAUAUUGAUAACCUACGUCAAUAAUGUAAGUUCGAGCCAGGUUUCAUUUUGCCUAGAGUAAUUCUUAUUUGUGAGACUAUUACACACCACCACACCAUUCUUAUGUUAAUUGUAUUGUGUAAGUUAACCACACAAUACACUCAGCUUGUUCCGAGUGAUAACGGACUGAAUAUUGAUAACCUACGUCAAUAAUAUGUAUAUUGGAGUAAUACUACUGCCAUUGUUUACUGUGUGUGAUGGUGCACGAAUUCUGGCACUUGUACCGUUUCCAUCAAAAAGUCACUGGAUUGUGAUAGAGCCGCUGUUCCAAGAGUUAGCAGCCAGAGGGCACCAGGUCACUGUGUUCUCCUCGUUUCCACAGAAGAAACCUCUCCCGAACUAUACUGAUGUAGACUGCUCCGGCUCUGUCCCACCCGGUGUAAGUGGAUUCUCUAUUGAGAGGAUCAGACAGACCAUGCCAUCUCCAUGGGAAACGAUACAUUUUAUAAGAGAAUAUAAUGAAGAAUCAUGCAAAAUUCUUGGAGAACCAAAACUUCAGAAUGUUUUAAAAUCAAAAGAGCGAUACGAUCUUUUAAUUACUGAAUUGUUUGCAAGUGAUUGUUUUACUUACGUGGCUUAUAAACUAAAGAUUCCGCUGAUUUCCUAUACAACCAGCACGGCAAUGCCUUGGGGUGCCGAUAGGGUCGGCUAUCCAGAUAACCCCUCUUAUAUAACUAAUCUUUUCGUAGGCUUUAGUCCUGAGAUGACCUUAUGGCAAAGGAUAUAUAAUACUGCUGUUCUUGUUUACACUAAGUUUUGGCAUCUCUGUGUGUAUGCAAAAUGGACUCAAAAUUCAGUAGAGAAGAUUUUCAGUGAAGCUCUGCCACCACUACAUGAAGUUGUGGGGAAUACAUCGCUAGUUUUCGUCAAUAGUUAUCAUGCUCUUGCUCAGAGUCGACCUUUCCCUCCUGGUGUCAUUGAAAUUGGAGGAAUACAUAUAAAAGAGAGUCAACCUUUGAUGAAGGAUAUGCAACAAAUUUUAGACAACUCUAAAAAAGGUGUAAUAAUAAUGAGCUUCGGAUCACUGGUUCGUACGUCUGCCUUACAAAAGCCAAUAAUUCAGAUGUUCAUGAACGUUUUUUCGGAAAUUUCUCAAACUGUUAUUAUGAAAUACGAAGAGUCUCUCCCACAGGCACCACCUAAUGUUAUUUUACGGGAAUGGCUGCCACAGCGAGAUUUGAUAGAACACGAAAAUGUCGUAGCUGUCAUCGGCCACGGAGGCUUAAGCAGUUUAACUGAGACUGUCUACGUUGGCAAACCCAUGAUCGGAAUUCCCUUCUUCGCCGAUCAGUAUGUCAACAUCGCAAAUAUCGUCAGACGAGGUGCUGGAAUACAGCUGGAUUACGACGACUUGUCCGAAGAGAAAAUAAGAAUAGCCGUGGAUGAGAUACUAAACAAUCCAAAGUACAAAGAUAACAUGAGACGGCUAUCACAGCAGUUCCGAGACCGACCGAUGACGCCGCUGCAGACAGCAGUGUACUGGACAGAGUACGUCAUCAGACACCAGGGGGCGCCACACUUGCGGCCAGCUUCUGUCAAUAUGCCGCUCUACCAGUACUUGCUGCUUGACGUCAUCUUCGUCCUCACCGCCUUGUUGGCAUUUGUGCUGCUCGCAUUUUAUUGGCUGAUAAGACUUACCUUUUACUCCAUAAAAUUAGUUAUAUCAAAUAAAACUGUAAAUUUAGAGAAAUGCAAGUGAUAACUACGCAACCGAUGCAUUGAAUGCGUAAUACUUUGUAUAUUUUGAGAAAGUUAUUUAUAAUCAAUAAAAAAAUCAGAUGUUGA